GGCGGCGGCGGGAGCGGCCUCCCACCCCCCUCCCCGCGGCAGGAGGAUGGUGCAGCGCCCGCCCGCACGGCAGCCGCGCCGCCUGUGAGCCCCGCCGCCGCCUCCGGGCCCCACCCGCCCGGCCCGGGGGCCUCUUCCCCCUGGGGGCGCCGGUGAACAAUCAGAAUAAUGUUUAACAUAAACCUGUUGGAGAAUCUGAAGGUUUACAUCAGCAGUCGACCUCCACUUGUGGUCUUUAUGAUCAGUGUAAGCGCUAUGGCAAUAGCUUUCCUGACACUGGGUUAUUUCUUUAAAAUCAAGGAGAUCAAGUCACCAGAAAUGACAGAGGACUGGAAUACCUUCCUCCUGAGGUUUAAUGAUUUGGACUUCUGUAUAUCUGAGAAUGAAACUUUAAAGCAUCUCAUCAAUGAUACCACAACUCCAGAAAGUACAGUGACUAGUGGACAAGCGAGAUCUUCUACGCAGUCUCCACAGACUCUUGAGGACUCUGGUCCAAUAAACAUCUCUGUUACAAUCACUCUGACGCUGGACCCGCUCAGACCAUUUGGCGGGUAUUCUCGCAAUGUCACACAUCUAAGCUCCACAAUUUUUGGACACCAGAUUGGACUCUCAGGCAGAGAAUCUCAUGAGGAGAUAAAUAUUACAUUCACCCUGCCGGCUGCUUGGAACUCAGAUGACUGUGUUCUCCACGGUCACUGCGAGCAGGUCGUGUUCACAACCUGCAUGACUGUGACGGCGGCCAGCAGCGUAUUUCCUGUCACAGUUCAGCCACCACAUUGUGUUCCUGAAACGUACAGCAAUGCUACACUUUGGUACAAGAUCUUUACCACGGCCAGGGACUCUAAUACAAAAUAUGCACAAGAUUAUAACCCUUUCUGGUGUUACAAAGGAGCAAUUGGAAAAGUGUAUCAUGCUUUAAAUCCCAAACUAACUGUCAUAGUUCCAGAUGAUGAUCGCUCUCUAAUAAACCUGCAUCUCAUGCAUACCAGUUAUUUUCUUUUUGUGAUGGUGAUUACAAUGUUCUGCUAUGCAGUUAUUAAAGGCAGACCAAGCAAACUGAGGCAAAACAAUACAGACUUCUGCUCAGAAAAAGUUGCUUUGUCAGAAGCAUAAUCCAUCCUCUCCUUUUACUGAGAAUGACUGAGAACCGUAAUCAUUGCCUGCUGAACCCAGAAUGGGUCCUAACACUCUGUGAAUACAUUAUCUUGCAAUGUUGGUUUACUCCAACCAAAGACAUUUCAAGUGCCUGUAAUUGAUUUGUACAUAUUUAUAAAAGUAUAUUCAGAAUAGGUCAGACGAUGCACUUGUUCCGCAUUGUAGUGCGGCCGGAAACUUUCAGUCUUUACCUGUGGACAUAGCCGAAUGUUUGUGUAGAUAUGUUUAGUGAUAUGGCUACGUAUAGUCAGAGAAAGAUAUUUUUGUCUAGCUGCAUCUGGGCAGGUUAAGAUGCCUUUGCAAAUGUCUCAAACAAACCAACAAAUAUUUGUUUUUGCCCAAUGAUAUGUACAGUGUGUUUGAAACAGUAUGCACCUUUGAUAUAAUACUGCAUUUCCAAAGCCACCAAUCUACUACAUAAAUUAAAUGUGUAUUUGUGUGGCCUAAUCUUUUUCCAUUUGCUCCUUGCUUGCAAGAAAAGAUAUCAACAUUUUUAGAUUUUUUUUUUUUUUUUUGAAAAGAGAAAUACAUAUUCACAUUUUAAUAGUGCUGUAUUUAGGGCAAACUUGUGCUUUAUUCAUAGUAAGAAAUUAAGAAGUGAAGUCCCAUUUAAAAAUCUUUCUUAUUGAAAAGUGCUAAGUUUGUUUUUUCUGUUUUUUUGGGGGAUUUUUUUUGUUUUUUUGUUUUUUUUUUCAUUUGGCCUGCUGAAUGCCAGUGAAUCAGUCAGUGUAGAGGUUAUCUGGAAAGCUUUCCACUUUGCCUCCUAUCUGCAACCCUCAAGUCCAGAAUGUGCAUCUUUGCUGCAGAGUAGCUUUCUGUAAACUUUUAUUUUUAGGAAGUGAACCUUAAUAAAAAGAUGCAUCGUGUUAACAUUGAGUUGGGGCUGCGCACAGCCUUGGGCAAAUGCAAAUAAUAUGAGGAAAAGAAAUUCUGUAGUCUGUAAUAGAGCUUCAAUUUGAGACUCUCCAUCUCUGAAGGGCAGCUGGAAAUGACACUUAUAUUAGCUUUGUCCAGUUUCUAUUUAAUGCUGUCCACUGAGGGGGAAAUGACAAGGAGAGAACUAGAGCUGUUGUGAUUCAGGUCAAAGAAACCAUACAGUAAAACUCAUACUGUUCUCUGAGUCUGUUCUUAAAUCAGAAGAUAUUUUUUAUGAUGUGCAUUUAUCCCUUUUCUGUUCUAGCUUUUGCUGUUUCUUUCUAGCUUGUUAUUCAGUAAGCUCCUUAAUUUUCAUGAGUCAGGGUUUUCCUGCAGAGAUUUCCACCACUGCUUUUAAAAUCUUACUGGUUGCCUUAAUUGACCUUUCAUCUCGUCUUUCAGCUUUCCUGUCAGCUAGUGUAACUGUAGGUCUGUAAAUGUGCGUACACUUUUUUUUCCUCCUCCCCUUUGGUAAGUUUAUCCCUAAGUAUGAACACAGAACAAUAAACCCAAGUUAAAAUCCUGCAGUCUGUUAUGCUGGCCUAAGAUUCUUAGUUUAUUACUUAUAGACACUAUUGUGAAUGGUACCCUACUGGUUGGCAGGCCUGUACGUAUAGGACUUCAGUAAGUUCUUAAAUCUUCAGAGCAUUCAAAGUAAAAUAGUCACGCUUUUUUUCAGAACAUGUUUCCAUUAUAGCAUUUCAGUUACUUAAGUGGUGUUAACUAACAUGCAUAUUUCUCCAGGGAUGUUAAGGCAAAGCUUUAGAAAUGGCCUAGUUUGAAGUCUAGGGAUCAAAUGAAACUUCCAGUUUUCUCCCGAUGAUGCUACAGACUAGUACUGCCUCACUGAAACGAACCAGUAAAGUGAAAACAGGUAGACAGCUUCUCAUGAAAAUUGGGCUGUUCCUAACUCAUGCACAUCCAGCCUUCUGCAUUAGCAUUCAUAUCUAGAGUUGCCUAAGAGGGUCGCUUGAUCUGGGGACCAAAGGCAGGGAGUGGAAACUGAGUGAGGUUGUACUGCAGAUUCUGGAAAUAGCUAGGAAUUACCCGAGUUAACAUGAGUCCUUUAAAAAAGAAACCCAAGAUUUUUUUGUGUUUCAGCAAACUAAAAUCCAACUCCAAAAGUCCUAACUGCAACUUGAUUUGUUGGGGAAAACAAGGAUUUUUAAUUUUUUUUUAAUCUGAUUUUGCUAUUUGUUAGUUAAAGGGGUCUGUUUUGCAGUGUAUCACCCACUGUAUUGAAAUACCCAGAAAUACUAAAAUUGUGAUCCACAAAUGUAAAGGGGAAAACAUUAAGGAGAUGUGGUUUUUGGCAUUAGCUGGUUAUCCCUUUGCCCCUGUGUAUUGCAGCAAGGAGGUAAGGGUGUCCAUCAGGUUGAAAUGCUGUAAUACUGAGGAAUUUUGGAUUGUACCUAGGCGCAAUGUACAAAAGUUAAAUGCAGCCAAACAGAAGAGUAAAAACUUUAAUAUUAAAGUUCGGAUCAUAUUGAUCUUUCCUUUUUUGUUUUCUUUUUCUUUUUAACUAUGACUUGAAUCAGUUUUGAUUCUAUUUGUAUGUGUUUUCUUGUUCUUAGAAAGCUGCCAUUUUCUGUUGCAUUUUUCUUUGGCAUUACAUAGAAAAUCUGAGCCUUGUUUUUUCAACCCUCUGCAGAUGAUUGUAGGGUUAAGAUGGCUGUUUUGUUCUUACAUUUCACUUGUCUUGUUGCAUGAUGGUUAAUAGCUGAUUUGGAAAUGACAUUUCUCUCCUAGAUUAAUUUUGUGUUUGUAAGAUGUGCAUAUUGCUUUGCAGAAUAAAAA